AUGAUCGCCAUCGGAAUGGAAGGAUCCGCCAACAAAGUGGCAAUCGGCAUCAUCCUACACCCCACAGACGGCAGCACUCCCCAGGUCCUCGCGAAUGUUCGACACACCUACAAUGCCCCACCGGGCGAGGGCUUCCUACCUAAGGAUACGGCGCGUCACCACCGGGCAUGGGUUGUCAAGAUGGUUAAGGCAGCUCUUCAAGAGGCAUCCUUGUCACCACAUGAGGUGGACUGUAUCUGCUUCACUAAAGGCCCUGGAAUGGGUGCCCCGCUGCAGAGCAUAGCUAUUGCGGCGCGGAUGAUGAGUCUGCUUUGGGACAAGCCCUUGAUUGCAGUGAAUCACUGUGUUGGACAUAUCGAAAUGGGCCGUCUGAUUACCGGCGCUGAGAAUCCCGUCGUUUUAUAUGUCUCUGGUGGCAAUACGCAGGUCAUUGCGUAUAGUGAUAAACGCUACCGUAUCUUUGGUGAGACGCUGGAUAUCGCCGUUGGAAACUGCCUGGAUCGAUUUGCACGUACGCUACAUAUUCCUAACGAUCCGUUCCCCGGGUACAAUAUUGAGCAGCUCGCAAAGAAAGGGAGUCGGCUUGUUGAUCUCCCGUAUGUAGUCAAGGGUAUGGACUGUUCAUUCUCUGGAAUCUUAGCUACGAUUGAUGCGCUAGCCGUGUCUCUUGGGUUAAAUAAAGCAGAGCAGGCUGAUCAGAAACCUGGUGAUCAACCUACUCGCGCCGACCUCUGCUUCUCCCUACAGGAGACGGUGUAUGCGAUCCUGGUUGAGAUCACUGAGCGCGCAAUGGCGCAUGUCGGUUCUAAGCAGGUGCUUAUUGUCGGCGGCGUGGGGUCUAAUGAGCGACUACAGGAGAUGAUGGGGAUCAUGGCGCGGGAUCGGGGCGGCUCUGUUUUUGCCACAGAUGAGCGAUAUUGCAUUGAUAAUGGAAUCAUGAUUGCCCAGGCAGGUAUGAUGGCGUAUAAAACGGGCUUCCGCACCCCAUUGAAGGAAUCUACGUGCACCCAACGAUUCCGGACAGAUGAGGUAUUUGUGGGUUGGCGAGACUAA